UAAAAUAAAUUCCUAAAAUCUCUUGUAAAAUCCUCUUACCACCAUGCUAUUUUUCCAAGUGUAACCCUUUUUAUGGCCCCGUUUUUUUUUUUUUUGACCCCUGUUGAUGGUGUUGGUGACCCAGACCUAUAGUCUGAUCUUAGCCUGUGUGUUCAGCUUAAAACGCUUGAUGCCACUUCGACGGCAGGCAGUUGAUAUCUACAGCAGCCAACGCAAUGUUCUGGUUCUACUUGGGUCUCCUAGCCGGUCUCCUAUACCUGCUGCGUGUCUUUGAGAACCAAUCCAGGCUAGACCGGCUCACCCGCAAUUGGCCCAGUCCGCCUUCGUUGCCCGUCAUUGGCCACCUUCACAUCCUGGCCAAGUUGGUGGGACCGAAGCAGUUCCGCAAUGCCACCGAUCUGAUUACCAACCACCUGAAGGAUCAUCGUGGAAAGCUGUGGAUAGGCACCAAGCUCUAUCUCCUGGACUGUAACCCCAAGGAUAUUCAAGCCUUGGGCAAUGCCCAGCAGCUUCUGCAGAAGACCAAUGAUUAUGCGGUUUUUAAGGAUUAUCUCAGCGAGGGUCUCUUCACCAGUAAUGCCGACAAGUGGAUGCAUCGCAGGAAGAUCAUCAUGCCGGCCUUUAACUAUGCCAUGAUCAAGCAAUUUGUGGUUGUCUUUGAGAAGCAAUCGAAGAUUCUUGUGGACAGGCUUGAGAAAUAUGCAGAGUCAGGAGAGGUGGUGGAUUUCUUGAAAUUUAUCAGUUGCUUCACCUUGGACACCAUUUGUGAGACUGCUUUGGGGGUCUCAGUGGGUGCCCAGUCGGAUGAGACGUCGGAUUACCUCAAUGCGGUCAAGGAAAUCCUGGUGAUCUUGGAUAAGCGUCUCAAGAAUCCCCUCUACCGAAGCCAGUUUAUUUUCCGCCGAACGAAACAUUUCAAGAGGCAACUAGAGUUACUACAAAUCCUUCAUGGCUUCUCGGAGGGGAUUAUCCAGAAGAGAUUGGAUGAGAUUCAACAAGAUGCAGAGAAUCGGAACUCCAAUUGCAUGGAAAAUGCAGAGUUGGACAAGGGUAAGACCACUCUUUGCUGUCUGGAUACUCUGCUCCAGGCAAGGGAUUCUGAAGGGAACCCUUUGACUGUCAAGGAUAUUCGUGAGGAGGUGGAUACCAUUAUCUUCGGUGGCUUCGAUCUCACUGCCACCACCCUCAAGUUCUUUAUGUACAACAUGACUCUUCAUCCGGAGCAUCAGGCGCGAUGUAGGGAGGAAGUGUGGUCAGUGUGUGGCCGAGACAUAAGCGAACCCAUCUCCAUAGAUCAGUUGGGAAAGCUGGAAUUCCUUGAGGCAUGUGUCAAGGAGACAUUAAGGAUGUAUCCUUCGGGUCCAGUCACUGCCAGAAAGGCCAUGGAAGACUGUCAGAUUAAUGAGUUUUUUAUACCCAAAGGCAGCGAUGUGGUCUUCUCGCCACUCUACAUGGGACGCUGCAAGGACUUCUUUCCUGAUCCGUUGGUCUUCAAUCCGGAUCGCUGGGCCAGUGGAGCAGAGCCUAAGAUUGAUGCCUCCACAUUUAUACCUUUUAUGAAGGGUGCCAGGAGUUGUCUGGGUCAGCGCUAUGCAAUGGUGAUGAUCAAGUUGGUCCUGGCUCAUCUUUUACGUAGCUAUCAGUUUGAACCUUUGGGCGAACGGCAAGUGAGGUUGAAGCUUCACUUGGUGAUUACCCUGCACACCAUAAAGCCGUAUCUUUGUAGGCUCAAGAAAAUUGACUGUGAAGAUCUGGGCCAACAGUUCUUAUCCAGUACACCCCUAGCAAUGUUCUGGUUCGCCGCUGGUAUCCUGGUGAUCUGCAUAUUCUUGUACUUGCUGUAUAUCUUCAGAAAUCAGACCAGGCUUGACCGGCUCACACACAACUGGCCGAGUCCGCCGGCAUUGCUCCCUUUUGGUCACCUUCACAUCCUGGCUCAGGCAGUGGGACCGCAUCCGUUUCGUCGCAUCUCCAAGAUUAUCUCCACCCACCUGGCCGAUCAUCGUGGAAAAUUUUGGGUAGGCACUAGGCUCUAUCUCCUGGACUGUAACCCCAAGGAUAUUCAGGCCUUGUGCAGUGCCCAGCAGCUUCUGCAGAAGACCGAUGAAUACAAUGUCUUCGAGGAUUGGCUGUGCCAAGGUCUCUUCACCAGUAAAGCCGACAAGUGGAUGCAUCGCAGAAAGAUUGUUAAUCCAGCCUUUAACUAUGCCAUAAUCAAGCAGUGUGUGGUUGCCUUCGAUAAGCAGUCGAGGAUUCUUGUGGACAGGCUUGAGAAAUAUGCAGAAACAGGAGAGGGGGUGGAUUUCCUCAAGUUUGCCAGUUGCUUCACCUUGGACACCAUUUGUGAGGCGGCGUUGGGGGUUUCAGUGGGUGCGACUGAGAGGUCGGACUUCCUCAAUGCUGUCAAGGACAUGCUGAAUAUCAUCGAUACGCGUCUUAAGAAUCCCUUCUACCACAAUAAAUUCAUUUACCGCCAGUCGAGACAUUUUAAGGGUCAAGAGGAGUUACUGAAAACCCUCCAUGGUUUUACACAGGACAUUAUCCAAAAGCGAAGGGAUGUGAUUCAACAGGAUACAGAGAAUCGGAACUCCAAUUGCACGGAGGAAGGAAAGGCCACUCUUUGCUUUCUGGAUACUCUGCUCCAGGCAAAGAAUCCUGAUGGCAAACCUUUGACUAUCAAGGAUAUUCGAGAGGAGGUGGAUACCAUUCUCUUUGGGGGCUUCGAUCUCACGGCCACCACCCUCAAGUUUUUUAUGUACAACAUGACUCUCCAUCCGGAGCAUCAGGCGCGAUGUAGGGAGGAAGUGUGGUCAGUGUGUGGCCAAGACAUAAGCGAACCCAUCUCCAUAGAUCAGUUGCGAAAACUGGAGUUUCUCGAGGCAUGUGUCAAGGAGACAUUGAGGAUGUAUCCCUCGGCCCCUAUCGUUUCUAGGAAAGCCACUUCAGACACUCGGAUAAAUGAGUUUUUCAUACCCAAAGGCAGCAAUGUCAUUAUCUCAUCAUUCUACAUGGGACGCUGCAAGAACUUCUUUCCUGAUCCGUUGGUCUUCAAUCCCGAUCGCUGGGCCAGGGGAGCAGAGCCAAAGAUCGAUGCCUCUAUAUUUAUACCUUUCAUGAAGGGAGCUCGGAGCUGUGUGGGUCAGCGCUAUGGUAUGGUGAUGAUGAAGAUGGUCCUGGCCCAUCUUCUUCGGAGCUAUCAGUUUGAGCCUCUGUGCGAGCGACAGGUUAAGCUGAAGCUUAAUUAUAUGAUAACCCUGCGAACCCUGGAGCCAUUUAUUUGUAGAGUGAAGAAAAUUGAGUUAUUCCGUGAGUAUUAAGCGUUAAAUUAGUUAAACUAAUUGAAAGCUACUCUUCGUGGAGUUUAAAUUUGUAAUUAUUGUGAAGAUUGAGAUAAAAAAUGUAAUAAACAUUCUGUUACUGAUAUAAAUGGAUAAUUCUAAUUUCUAAGGGA